UUUAGAUCAGCAAGUUUGGGAAUAAACCCAUAUCCAUUAACACCCUGACCUUCUCUUUCGAGUGCCAACAUCCUGAAACAAGUCACGUUCUCAUGAGUACAAGACACAAAUUUUUUCUAGAGAGGUAACUAGGGCAUGUUUGUAAAGUAAGAAAAUAAAAAUUACUACUUCAAAAACAUACUAGUGUACUUCAAUAAUUAGGGCUUAAGGAGCAGUUCACCUUGCAUUCAUAAGGUCAAAGGGCGAACGAACGAUAAAACCCAGUUUCCUCGAGACUUUACUAAACCCCAAAUGUCGCUUCGUUCCAUCGGAAAAUAUCUCGCACUCGCUCGCCACUUCUCCACCGAAGCGGCACGAAGAACCACCUCCACCGCCGGUUCCGGCGGCACCGGCGGAGUAGACACACUAGGACGCAGGCUUCUCAGUCUCGUGUAUCCAAAACGAAGCGCAGUCAUCGCAAUCAACAAAUGGAAGGAAGAAGGCCACACACUCCCCUCCAAGUACCAGCUCAAUCGUAUGGUUCGCGAACUCCGCAAGAACAAACGCUUCAAACACGCGCUCGAGGUAUGUGAAUGGAUGACAUUGCAGAAGGAUAUCAAGCUAGUGGAAGGAGACUAUGCCGUUCACUUGGAUUUGAUAACCAAAGUUCGCGGUUUAAACAGUGCAGAAAAAUUCUUCGAGGAUCUUCCCGACAAGAUGAGAGGCCAACCGACCUGCACCGCUCUUCUCCAUGCUUAUGUACAAAACAAUUUGGUUGAUAAAGCGGAAGCCCUUGUGUCAAAAAUGUCGGAAUGUGGUUAUAUGCGAAGUCCUUUGCCUUAUAAUCACAUGAUGUCGCUGUAUAUCUCGAAAGGGAAGAUAGAUAAGGUUCCUAAACUUUUUGAGGAACUAGAGGUUAAUACUUCUCCGGAUGUUGUUACCUUCAAUUUGUUGUUGACGGCUUGUGCUUCGGAAAAUGACGUUGAAACUGCAGAAAGGGUAAUGCUUCAGUUAAAGAAGGCAAAAGUAGACCCGGACUGGGUAACGUAUAGUACAUUGACGAAUUUGUACAUAAGAAAUGCUAGCGUAAAGAAUGAUUGUUUAGAAAAAGCGGCAUCUACUUUGAAGGAGAUGGAGAAGAGAACCUGGCGGAAAACUCGACCUGCAUAUUCCUCUCUCUUGAGUUUGCAUGCGAACAUGGGGAAUGUGGACGAAGUUAAUCGGAUAUGGAAGAAAAUGAAGGAUUGCUUUCGCAAAAUGAGUGAUGAAGAGUACAUUUGCAUGAUAUCAUCGCUUGUGAAGCUUGGAGACUUUGCUGGAGUUGAGAAUCUCUAUAGGGAGUGGGAAUCUGUUUCUGGUACCAAUGAUGUCAGAGUUUCAAACUUACUUCUUACUUCAUAUGUUGACCAAGGCCAGAUGGAAAUGGCUGAAAAUUUCUGUAAUCAGUUAGUGGAAAAGGGUGUCUGUCUUACUUACACGACGUGGGAGCUACUUACAAGGGGGUACUUGAAAAAGAGCGAUGUAAAAAAAUUUCUGUUUUAUUUUAGGAAAGCUAUAUCUAGUGUGAACACUUGGAUUCCUGAUCCUAUUUUAGUACAAGAAGCAUUCACAGUCAUGGAGAAGCAAGUUCAUAUUGAAGGAGCAGAACAAUUGUUGGUUAUCCUUCGAAAUGCUGGGCAUGUGAAUACUAAUAUAUAUAACCUAUUUUUGAAAACUUAUGCUGCAGCUGGUAAAAUGCCUCUCAUUGUUGCUGAGAGGAUGAAAAAGGACAACGUUCUUCCGGAUGAAGAGACACAUAGGCUCUUGGAUCUAACUGGUAAAAUGUGUGUGAGCGAUGUUUCUGGGGUUCUGUCCUAAGCUCACACUAAAGGAGUUUUAAGGUAAUGUGGGAGGCUCAUACGUGUUUGGCUGCUAUUUUUGUGUGAUAUCCAUCGCAUUUCUGAAUAUCUUGAUUGGAUUGUUGGUAUUUGUGAAUGUAAUACGAAUUUUCAAUAAAUACCGAUUUUGAAAUCAAGUACCAAACCUUGACUUUAGUGGCAGAACCAGUUGAACUUCAUGGUUUUUUUUAUACUUCAAUCUAUUCAUGAUGACAUGUUGCCGGCUUAUUAUGAUUUUGUUUCUUCCAAUUUGUCACAAAUUCACACUUUUGCUGUCCUGGUGUGACUUACUUACGGACAAGCCAUUGCUAGUCUUAGCACCAAUCAGAGAGCUUCAGAAAUUUAUGAGAAUAAUUAAAUUUCUAGUUUUCACUGGUUAUCAAACAUGCAAUUGAGGAAAUGCAUUUCCCGAUCCAUUUUCGUCUUAUGAUUUUCCAGUUUACUUUCUUUUGUAACUACAGGUUUUGUUUAGAGAAUCAGAGUAGUGUUGUAAUUUGAAUUACCGCUCAGCCCUUUAAGAUGGGAGUUUUGUUGACCUAAGUCUCGAGUCUGGAUGUGUGGUGCUAUCUACAAUGAGGGAGGACAAAAGUCCCUGACCUGUAAGUUACAACAUACAUACAUUCCAAGUUUUUUACCAAAUACUUCUGAUGAGAGAUUUGCAAAGUUUAUUUCACUAUAUCAUCAAAGUCAGAGUGUGGAAGGUAUACAUUCACAAACAAUAACCCUAGCCAUCGCGAGAUACAUGGAACAAUGAUAGAUCCGUUGCAAAUUGGUUGGCCUAACUGUGAUAAGCAGUUCUGCCGAAGCCACAGAAUUCAUCAGCUAAUGUUGAAGAAUCAUUAUUAUUUCUCCAGUUAGGGUUGAUUCCCUUGUUAACAAAUCAUUGAUGUGAAGAAUCGAAUAAUUCAGAUUUGUGGUGCUGCUCACUUUAAACACAAUCCUUUCUUCAUCUGUUCUGGUAGCAAUGAUGACGAUUGAUGACGAUUGAUGACAAUUGUAAUAUAUGGGAUGUGAUUGUUGGUGCCCUUAUGAAGGUCGUUGCAAUCGUGAACCCUUGUUAGUUUAUUUUUAUUUAUUUUCUUUUUGUUUUUGAAAUCCUAUGCAUAAAGUUUGAUUUAUGACAUCUCAUAUCUGUAACAAUGAGUUUAUUGCAAGUCAGUUCUGCUGGCACUUUUUUUGGGAUAACAUACAUAUAUCUUUGCUCAACAUAAAAAACUUAUCUGUGUAAUCUAAAUUUUAGCUUCAUUUAAUCAUUUAAGUUUGUGGUGAGUAUGACCCACUUGGUGUUUCUGGGAAUGAAGCUACUUGGCUAUUUGUUUGAUGGUGUUAUUAUGUUUGUCUUUUAUAAGUAGUUGAAUAUAUUAUAUAUGGACCACAGUCUUUUAUGUCUAGAACCAACUCUUAGUUUCUUCUUGAGCAUCAUGCAUGCAGGUGACACCACCAUGGUUGGAUUCUUGCGAUUUCUAGUUGAUAUCUUUAUAGGAGCAAGCCUAAUUGACUAGGCGAGUUAUUUCAUUUAGGAUAUGCUUGAAUUGAUGAAAUAGAAUAAAUAGAAUGGUAUAAAUUUAUAUUCUAUUAUUUGGAUUACUUAAAAAUGGAUGGCAUUGAGCCGAAUCUCAUGGACAUCUCAUGCCAUUACUUUCUAUCACUUCUUGUAUC